AUGAUCACCUUCAACUUUAGUAUUUUGUGCAUGGCGCCGAGGGCCAAUGUGACGGUAGGCUAUGCCAUUCCUGAGAUGGCUCUCUUAUGGUGAUUUUUAAAUAAUUUUUGCAAUUUUCAGAACAACGCUCCCGUUUAUUAUUACUCCCCAAUCCAACAGACUUACCUGAUGUGGGCCCUGGGCUUUGGAAGUUUGGUUGGGACCUUUCCAUUUACAUAUUUCUUCUCUAAAUUUGGAACUCGCUAUAUUUUUACUGGAGCUGGAAUCCUCUCUAUUGUAUCGACAUUGGCCGUUCCCUUGGCGGCGUCUUAUGGGCUCUAUGCGUUCAUGUUUGUGAGGUUCUUACAGGUAAGUCAAUGUGAUGAGAUAUGGGAUCAGUUUUGUCCCCACAUUGCAUUGUAUGGAACUUUUUUGUUGGGGACAAAAAACUUGCAUACGACGAAAUUGCAAAUGAUGACAAUUGAUUUAGGGCAUCUCAUAUUCCGCUGACUUUGCGGCCAUUGGAAUGUUGACUUCAAUUUGGGCCUCGCUCAAACAACAUGCGUUGUUCUUGUCGCUCCUCACUUGUUAUUCACCAUUAUCCAGCACGUUGACAAAUUUGGUCUCCGGAUAUGUAAGUCCUUCUCAUAUAGUGAGACAUUGGAUGUCUUGAGGAAUAAUUUCGGGCUCUGAAGCCUGAUCCGCGGUCAGCCCGAUUCACUUUCCUCCUCAAAUUGGCGUAAGAGAGCACGGGGAUCAGCGACGACGGGCUCAGGAUUGAUCGGAGGACUGUUUUCGGCGUCCACAUUGGCCAGGACGUUGGCAUCAAUUACGGCAUCCAUCAAAAGCCUAAAAACGGAACGAUUAAUAUAAUUCUGGAACAACCGUCGAAUCAUCUGACCUGCUAUCGCUCGAGAUCUCGCCUUUUAUAUGGGCCCCCAUCCAAGAUGUUGUAAUGGAUCCUCGCCCCUGGAUCCCUUAGGCCGCGUCUUCGAUACCAUGGGAAACUUCCUAUGAUCACCUGAGAUUGUGCAGUCCAAAAAAGCAAAAAUAACCGGCCAAAAUCAGCGCCUCGGAUUACCGAAGAGGACUGCGGAUAGGGUUCAAAGCCAGCGAAAUUAUUCCGCAAGACAUCCAAUGUCUUACUAUAUAACCGGCAAUGUAUUCCGUGAUAUGACAGUUAUAACGUUGGUUUUCAGAUUUGCGAGUCAUUCCUCGGCUGGCCGUGGAUUUAUUAUUUCCAUGCCAUGGCCGGAGCUGUCCUCUUCGGUUACUGGUUCCUUGUUUACACCGAUUACCCGGCCAAAUCCAACUGGGUGUCUUCCAUUGAACUCGAAAAGAUUGAGAGAAACAAGGCAAAAGAAGAGCUCGAAUUCCAUGGAGUUGUUCCUUAUUGGGUGAGGAAAACGUCGACUCGUAAUACUUUUAAUCCGAUGACUUUAGGAGAUCUGCAAGAACCCGGUAGUGCUGACUAUAUGGUACAACGCCUUUAUCGAGAUUUCCUCCGGAAUCUUCUUGCUGAUCUACACCCCAAUUUACAUGAGAAAAGUCCGUGGAUUUAGUAUAGUAACCACUGGAAUUUUGAGUUCCAUUCCUCCGCUAAUUGCCAUCCCUCUUCGCAUCACUUUCGGGAUAAUAAGUGAUAAAAUUAAGUAUGUUUUUUGGAUUAAUCUAAAUGGCUUAGUUGCGAUAUUAAAGCAAUUUUAUACUAUGUUUUAGAUUUUGGUCGGAACGCACAAAAAUGAACGUGUUCAAUACAUUUGCCGCAUUCGGCCCAGCCGUGUGUUAUAUGUUGAUUGUCAUCAUCGACGAACCCAUGUUUGCCGUCGGGGUUUUGCUCACAAUCCACGUGUUCUAUGCCGGCAGUGGUGGGGGAUUCUAUAAAUGCGCAACACUCUCUUGCAGGUAAGACUUUCUGCUGCUAUCAUGUGCAAUAUUAAUUAAAAUUUCAGACAGCACAGCCACUUUGUAAUCGCAAAUAUCCAGUUUAUCAAAUGCCUAACUUUAUUCUUUGCCCCCGCUUUAUACGGCUUCUUUGUGCACGAUGAAACCUCAUCAGAGCAAUGGAAUCAUAUCUUCGUUACGAUGAGUGUAGCCCUGACAACUGCGACUGCCCUGUUCAUCUUUUUCUCGACCGACAAACCGCAGAAAUUUACGCAUGUCAGCGAAAACCGCGGAGCCCUCGACCUCAAUGUUUUGAAGAAGGAGGAAGUGUUGAAACAAUAG